GGCGAAAUGUUUGCAUGAAAUACAACAUGAAAAUUGAACAUAGGUAAAUGUUCAUUUCAGUCUACACACACAAAGUCUGAAUACGAUGAAUAUGUCAUCGGAGGACUCUACUCUGAACUGAAGACAAAACAAAAAUCCAAACUGAAGAGAGAUGACGUACUUGAUAUAGAUCAUUUGAAGAGAUUCAAAGAUGUCAAGUCAAAGUCUCGUAAAGGGUCAAAGUGGACCCAAAGACCAUCUUCAAUGGAGACGUACUGCGACCCAGCACCCUAGAACUACCAUAUACUACAGCGUUAGAGGCAGGUCGUCGUAAUGUCAAAGGACCGACAUCACCACACUCAAUAGCUGCAGCCGUUGCAGCUAAGGCACUCAAGAAGAAUCUAAAAGAGAGCACUAGUGGUAUUAGCACCAUCACACCACCAACCAUCAGUGAAAGCAGCAGUGAUAGGAGCAGUGACAAAGACUCACCACCGCCACUAUGGGAUCAACCUAAACCUGUACCAAACAGUGAUGCAUUGCAACAGUUAUCCAUCCAGACACUACAAGCUAACUCCUUGCUUAACGCUGACUACUUGUACAAGCCCUCUCAACUUCAUCCUGUUCCAAUCACAGCAUUGGGGCCCGUGUCCCCAGGUCUGAGUGCCAGCAGUCGUAGCAGCAGCUACAGUAGUGUUGUGAGCAGCACCAGCAGUGGAGAAAGUGGGCGCAAGAAGAAAAAGAACAAGCUGACCAAAAAUUUGACUUACACCAGGCAAGACUAGUAGUUCUGCAUUCACCGCUGUUGGGGACAAACACAAGCAUCCAGGUGCGAUUGGUACUAUAACUAAGUCUAUGAAAGCAUCAUGGAAUAUAUCUGGAGAGAUGGACUCUUCUGAUGCCUGUAGUAGUGGUUCCUCACCUAACAGUCCUGGUGGAGUACCUUUAACACCAAGCACUGAUAAUGUCUUCAAUCAUGUCAGAAAACAACCACAACCACAACCUCAGUUUGCACCGCUGGAAGAAGCAACACAUUUCCCUUUCGGUGAUGAUUUAGGUACAUCAGUAUGGGCAUCUAAGAAACGUGAGCCACCAUCCAAUGCUGCACCUGGUGCUCAGAGUGAGUGGUCAGGAUUUGGUGUAAGUACUGCUGCUAAUUCUAGCUCACUAUGGGAUACAACUACACCGUCAUGGACUACUGCUACUAAUGCUACAUCACCAUUGUUCCAAGGAAAUCCCUUGUGGAAUACCCCAGUUCAAGACAACAACUUGAUCCCGUCUAUCUGGACUAAUGAUCCUAUCUGGACAACUAGUAUUAGCAGUAGUGACAGCUCCUUACUGGAUAUCAGUGGUACUGCAUCUAACACGGCUGUUCCUAAUGCAGAUGUGCCUGGGACGUUUGACCCAUUCGAUUCAUUUCGCAGUAGUAUCUGGGGUCAGCAUUCCAAUGGAUCUCUGUGGAAUACCGCCAAUAAACAAGAUGAAGACCGAAAAGAUUAAAAUAACAAUUUGUGAACCCUCAGUCGUUUUAAUGUAUAAUAUGUAGAAAUGUGCAGUUAUAUAUAAUUUAAGGGUUUUGUUACAUUUGAUAAUUUUUUUCAUACCAUUUCUACAUUACAUGUAUGGUCAUCCCUAUUAUUCUUAUCAUAAUGAUUCUGUUAUACCACUUUUAUUAUACCAUUCUCAUUUAUAUCAUGUUAUUAAUUCAGCUCUUCUUAUUCUGUUAUACCACUUUGCCAUUAUCAUACAGUGAUGUAGAGCCCCUUUCCCACUGUUCUGCACCAUUACAUCACUCAUUGUUAUACUCCUGUGUAUUAUACACCCUUUCCCACUGUUCUGCACCAUUACAUCACUCAUUGUUAUACCUCUGUGUAUUAUACACCCUUUCCCACUGUUCUGCACCAUUACAUCACUCAUUGUUAUACUCCUGUGUAUUAUACACCCUUUCCCACUGUUCUGCACCAUUACAUCACUCAUUGUUAUACCUCUGUGUAUUAUACACCCUUUCCCACUGUUCUGCACCAUUACAUCACUCAUUGUU